AUGUCAAGCGGUUGCGCACCACAUUACCGAACUAAUUUAUGUCCACCAUUACGCGAACUGAAAAGCAACGGUGAAGAAGUCGAUACUUAUGCAAAUAUGUGGCAGUACCAUUGUGAGCGUCGCGGGGAAAUCCAGGUUGGUGAAACGAUUGGCUACGGCGGUGACCGUGGUUCUAUGGUCUACAGCGUCGUGCGUUGUUGUUCUCCAGGACUAAGCAGCGUGAACUGCCAACUUGUUCUUAAAGUGUACUCUACGGAGAUCAACGAGAAUGAAUUUGAGUUUAUUAAAAUACUUUUGGGACUCGAUGAUCAUCAGUCAGAGGAUGCAGUUAUGCGGAAAAGCAUAUGCCGGACACUGCCGUACUUGGUGUUGCCCAUGGCGACCGUCCGUGUUGAUGGAGUCGAUCGUGGAAUUCUCAUGGCGAAACGAGAAAGGAACCUAAAGGAGUUACUCAUCUAUGCAUCAAAGCGACACGGGAGCAGAGGUAAUGCCAUAAUAAAUCGCUGUGAUGACACUAUGGGUAACCAAGAAAGUAGGGAGGGUGUGAACUACCAGCGAACUGCGUUUCGCUGGAAGAAGGACUUUUUACCAAUUCUACAGAUGGAGGUCAUCAUCGCCAUCUCGUUUCAACUCGUACUUGCAACCGCUUGUUUGAAUGAGGAGCUUCCUCACACUGUGAGCGGCAUUUCCUACAGUGGUUUCGCGCACAAUGAUAUUCAUCUUGAAAACAUACUAGUGGAGGAAAAGGAAGGUCGUGUUGCUCUCUGUGAUUUUGAACUCGUAAGUUCAAGCCCAGGAAGCAGUAGUGACAAAGGACCGCGACUUCAGCCACCACAAAGGAGACUUCCGCCUCCGUGCAGGCGUUCUCCACGUGACUUCUUCUGCCGGAAAGCAGACUCAUGGGGCAUUGGUCUUGUAAUCAUUUCACUUCUUACGGGCAUUGAUCCACUUUUUGAUAGCACUGUUGUGUUGGAUGAUUUCGGUGAGGGCCCAAUACUUAGGAGUCAUGAAUUCUACAAGGGCAACCUUCAGGUGCUUGACUGGGAGCAGAAUAUAAAACCGCACGUGGAGAAGCUACUUAUUCACGAUGAUCCAACUGGCAGACGACUGAAGGAGGCGCAACCCCUUCUACAUUUGUGCUCUAAAUGCCUCGUGAAUAACCCUCGAGCAGACCCGUGUAUUCCAAUCGAGUUACUUUCCGAUCCUGUCUUCAGUUGUUUCGUCAGCAAAGAGAAGGUGUCUGAAAAUAUCUUGAUCUCGUGGAUAAAGCAGAUUGGUUAA